AUGUCUUCCAACAACAACACUGGUUCUCCCAACUCUGGUCUCUCCAACGCUGAUCUGUCCAACUCUGGCUCUGUUAACCAGGAUGUCUCCAACCCCAAGGUCAAGACCAAUUUAGGUACUUCGGCUAGCCGUUAUGCUACCGCUGAAGUUGAAUCCUCCAAGACGGAAUCCUCCAAGGCUAAGUCUGUUACCAAGUCAGGUUCUCGCAAAGGAAAGGAGAAGGCCCCGGUCAGUGUAAGUGAAGGGGAGGGAAAGAGAAAAGCCACUGCUAGUGGUGGGGUUUUUGAACCUCUUUUGGAAUCUGAAGAUUCAAGUGGCGAUACCAGCCGCGACUCUGCCGAUUCUCUGAGUGAGAUCGGAGAGGAUGAUAUGGAUAUCGAUCCAUUGGAUAUGUCCGAUUUGGAGGAAUCCCAGUUUGUGAAGACUUCCUUGGCUUGCUACAGGGUAGAAGUAGGAAGACUCACGAAGGAUCUUGUGUUGAGAAUGAGCUCUGGACAUUUUGCUUCGGUCCAACUCUUUGAUGACUGUACCCGAGGCUGUUAA